AUGCCUCACAACUGUAUAGACGAGAGAGAACUCCGCUUAUUAUUCUUAGCGGCAAAGACUAUGGUUGCGGGUCAUCGAGAGAUUGGGCGGCAAAAGGACCAUAUCUUCUGGGAGUUCGAGCCUAAUUUGAUUGGAAUGGGAAUCAUUCCCUUGGAGUUCAUGUCCGGACAAAAUGCCGAAUCUUUAUCACUGACUGGGAAAGAGAUUUAUAGCAUCGAUAUCCCAGAAAAUAUGUCCACUCGACAUAAGACAACAAUUAAACUCGACACUGGAAAGAGUUUUGAAGCGAUUAUGCGUUUUGAUACUGAAGUAGAACUCGAAUACUUCAGAAAUGGAGAUUUCUCGAAUACUUCAGAAAUGGAGGUAUUCUUCACUAUAUGUUACGACAACUACUCGACAAUUAAAUGA